AUGUCAGGCGAUAUUGCCCGUUACCAAAUAGAUUACAUACUGGUGAAAAAUAGAUUUAAGAACCAAGUUAAAUUCUGUAAAGCAUACCCGAGCGCUGAUUGUGACAGUGAUCAUAAUUUAGUAAUAGCGAAAUUCGAACUCAGACAUAAAAAACCACAAAGACCAAAAGUACAGCAAGACAAAUAUAGUGUCAGAUUACUUAAGAGAGCGGAGGUUGUGGAACAAUAUGGACGAUACAUGGAUAUCGAAUACCGAAAAGAAAAUGUAGAUGACGCUCUGAAUAAAAAGUGGGAGAACAUAAAAUCAGCUAUCAAAAAAAUCAGCGGAUACUGUGUUGACAAAAAAAAAAAGAAAGAACCUAGAAGAGCAUGGAUUGACAAGGAAAUAGUAAAACUUAUAGAUGAAAGACGAAAAUAUAAAAACAAUAACACGAGAGAAGGACAACAAAAGUAUCGCCAACUAAGGAAUCAGGUUAACAGAGAAGCCAGAAAAUCCAAAGAAGAAUGGUUGGAGCAGCAGUGCAGUGAAAUUGACGAACUAUUCAAAGUUAAUAAAAUAGAUUAUGCGUAUCAAAAGAUCCAACAAUUUGUGGGGAAAAGAAAACGAGAUUAG